AUGGACGACCCAAUAGCUACGUCCCCUAGCAAUAGCUAUCUCAGCAUCCAGGAAUAUGUGCAGAAUUUCUCGAGUUACUACAACGACACUCAGGACAGUGAUCCUUCCAAGAUUGGUUAUUUGGACGGCUACCCCCGUAGAGACUCUCUGUACAUCGUGGUGCCAGUGACCAUUAUCUACGUGUCGAUCUUCGUCACGGGUACGAUCGGGAACAUUAGCACGUGCAUCGUGAUCGCACGCAACAAGUCGAUGCACACGGCGACCAACUACUAUCUGUUCAGCCUGGCGGUGUCCGACCUGUUGCUGCUAGUGUCCGGUCUGCCAGCGGAGAUAUAUCUAGUAUGGAGCAAGUAUCCAUACAUUUUCGGGGAGGGAUUCUGUGUUCUACGAGGCCUGGCCGCUGAAACAUCCUCGAAUGCCUCGGUGCUGACUAUCACAGCGUUCACUGUUGAGAGAUACGUGGCUAUCUGUCAUCCGUUCUUAGCUCAGACCAUGUCCAAGCUGACCAGAGCGGUCAAGCUGAUCCUCAUCAUUUGGGUUGUGGCUUUGUCCUUCGCUUUGCCCCAGGCCCUGCAGUUCGGUGUCAUCCAAUACGCCCUGGACCCAAACAUGGUCAUGUGCACCAUGAAGAGGAUCAUACUGCAACACUCGUUCGAGCUGUCCACGUUCCUCUUCUUCGUGGUGCCCAUGAGCUUGAUCACUGUGCUAUACGCGCUUAUUGGGCUGAAGCUAAGGAAAUCGAAUAUGAUGAAGAGGAGUCGGGGCCGAGGGGAGGGCGGCAGCUGUAGACACCAUCCCGGCAGGUCGUCGAGGAGGGUACUGAAAAUGCUCGUCGCGGUCGUGAUAGCGUUUUUCAUCUGCUGGGCACCGUUCCAUCUGCAACGGCUGAUCGCGAUUUACGGGACGAACUCGGACCACAUCACCUCGAACAGCAAGUGGAUAGAGUUCCUUUAUCUUUUGAUGACCUACAUAUCCGGGGUUCUCUAUUACGUGUCGACGACGAUUAAUCCGAUUCUGUACAACAUCAUGUCCAACAAAUUCCGUGUGGCUUUCAUGGAAACACUGUCGAGGAGCUGCAGAAUCCCAGGCCUGGCGAUUCGAAACGAGCAAAGGUCUUACUCCAGCCUGUCGCGAUCCCAGCAAAGGACUCUGGGCGCUUACGGAUCUAGGACGGUCGGCACAGUUGGUACAGCAGUGGCGCACGAGAGCACCGACUGUUCCGGAAAUUCUGGCAAAGAAGAAAGCCCGAAGCAGAUGACGUCGUUGAUCGAGCAAGUAAACGACGCCGAGACCACCGUCGAGAAAUUCAAUGAGAGACGGAAAAGCGAGGAGAUCAGGCACCUGGAGAUCCUCGUGAAAGAGGUCCGUCAUAUCGACGGUUCGUUGAGGGACCAGAGAAAUUGCGGCGGUGGUGAAUCCAAACGAUCGAUCACGACCAAAUACGCGACCGUGAAGGUCUCGAACGUGGACGGGUCCGAGAAGAAAUGGUGGCGACUGCUAAAGUGGUUUCCUGGCUUGAAAUCCCUGAAGCUAGCCGGAAGAGACAGCUACGCGAUACCGGAAAAUCGUAUCUUGGAGAAUCCUGGCCUCCACAGAGAAGAGUUCUCGAUGACCAUGUGGAAUGUCCACGAGGCGAACGAUCAGAGACCGGUUUGA